UUCUCCUAGUCGAUCCAUAUCGCUCUUUCUUAUCCGAAGCAUUCACAGCGAAAGGCUCCAUGGAGGUUUUAGACAAUGGGAGCUGUAAAGUUGGAACUUCAUUGUCCCCAAAGUGUUGAUGGAAUCACCUCGGACCCUUAGCCGGAUUGGAACUUUGAUGCUUUAAUGGCAGAGCUCAAUUCUUUGGAAAUGAAGCUCAAUACCUCUGCAAAGGUUCCUGCAUGUUUCACCAAAUCAAGACCGCGAGACUUCUCAGAUGAGGAGAGUGAUGAUAAAUGUCCUAGUCCUUUUGUAAUGCGUGUGUUCGAGGAUGAAAUGAAGGAUUCUGAAAGUGAUGGUGAGGACAAUCGAAGAUCAGUGCCUGCGAAACGGUUCAACUGUGACAAACAUUAUUUGAGUGAUGAUUCUGAUGAUGAGUUGGCUCUUGAGUUCCAGUCCUACUUGAUGGAUGAAGUGGGAUUAGUAGAAAGUGCUUUACGUGAACUAACAUAUGAACAUCAAGUUGAUACUAAGCGCAGAAGCACUUGAUAAUCAUUUGACUGCUGUUCAGCGGGACCAUGAAUUGAGAUCACAAAUAGAAGAAAGAAAAAUAAGAAGUGAUGCAGCUUAUGAAGAGGCCAAAAGAAAGGAAAACGCUCUCCAAGAAGAAAUAAUACGCCAAGAAAAAGCUAGAGCAGAAUCUGAGGCAAGACUUAGAGCUGAGGAAGCAAAAAGAGUUGCUUUAGAAGUUGAUAGAAGAGAGGCAAAAGAAGCUGCUGAAAGGGAAGCUAAUGAAACAGCAGCAAAGGUUGCUGCUGGGGUGGCACAAGAAGCAGCUGUAGGACUCCAACUGGAUGCCAAUUCAGGAAUUUCAAAUGAAUCCAAAGGAUUUCCAUCUGAUGAAUCAGAACACCCACAAUCAGAGGGUAAUGCUCUCAAGGCUGCUGAAAGUGCUCUUCUUUUAGAGUAGGGGAGACUGCAAAAACUUAAGCAGAUAGAGGAAAGUAACCAGGCUUUGAGGUUACUCACAAUAAGAGAUGGGGCUCAACCCAUGGGAAGUGUUUCUUUCCAAAAGAAGUCGGGCCUUGUCUGGAGGAGGAGACUGCAGGCGGAAGCUGGCCCAUCGACGAGUGGGGUUGAGCCACCAUCACCGGCAAGGACUCAGGCAACCUUGUCGAAGGUUGUCGAACCAUCGGUGGAGGCUACGACGCAGGCGGUAACUUUAACAGAGUAUCUGCCCUCAACGCAUUGGAAUCUGCACAGAAUGGUGCGACGUGUUACUGCAUAUAAUAAAUGCUAAUUCUUAUCAUGUAUAUUUAUCUGUUUAUACUAGCUGUACAAGUAAUAUUCUUACCAUGUAAUAUGCUAAUUCUUAGGGACUUUUACGUUAGAAUUUCCUAUGUAUGGUAAUCCUUUCUUUCCUUGUAAAGCAUGGGCUGAUGGCCUACUGCUCAAUGAGAAUU